CUCCUCUCCUCGGUCUCACUAGUCCAGGAUGCAUUCUGGCAAACAAUGAUUGAUGUUUGGAUUGAGAAGCCGAAUCUAAACCCGUCUCUGCGAAAUAACACCACCUUCCCGACCGCUCGAAUGAGCCGCGGGAUCUAAGCGAAUUUGAGUUGCGUUUUUUUUUGAAGAGUGGAGCAGCAGGAGCCGGAGCUUUGGACACGCCGCCAGCCCACCGGCCCGGGAUGGAUCCGAUGGGUAUACACUCUCAACACGAACCCAUUAGUUUCGGAAUAGACCAGAUCUUGAACAAUGCGGAUCAAGGCAGCUGCAUGAUCCCGAAUUCGCGGCUCCAGGAUAUGGACUACGGUUUGGGAUGUAUGGUUAGCGGGAGUUACAACACCGUGCCGGCGAAUUACAACAACAACAACGGGGGAGGCGGAGGCGGCGGCGGAUACAACAGCGCUUGUAGCCUCGCGUCGCUCGCCGGCCCGUACGGCAUGAACCUCGGCAUCAACGGCAACGCGCUGAACCCGGCGGGUGUCAUCAGGGUCCCUGCCCACCGGCCCAUGACCACCGGCGUGCCCCAGCCCAUGCCCACGGGAGCGGCGCCCGGUCCCGCCAGCAACAUGACAUUUCCCUGGAUGGAGAGUAACCGGAGAUACACCAAGGAGAGGUUCACAGUGGCUCUCUCGCCGUUCACCGUCACCCGGAGAAUAGGGCACCCUUACCAGAACCGCACUCCGCCGAAGAAGAAGAAACCGCGGACCUCGUUCACCCGCCUGCAGAUCUGUGAAUUGGAGAAGCGUUUUCACCGCCAGAAAUACCUGGCGUCGGCCGAGAGAGCCGCGCUGGCCAAGGCACUGAAAAUGACCGAUGCUCAGGUCAAAACAUGGUUUCAGAACCGGAGGACAAAGUGGAGGUAA